CCGCCUCCCAGUAUCCAGCAGCGGCUGCGUCUCGGGAGGCGAUGGAGGGCUCCCAGCCGGUGGCCGGACGUCAGGGGGAAGAGGCGUCCUGCUCCUCCUGGGGGGCCGGCAGUGUGAAUACAAAUUUGCCCAAUAUGCCAACAGAAUCUGUGGAGAUUGAUGAUGCAUUAUACAGUCGACAGAGGUACGUUCUUGGAGACACAGCAAUGCAGAAGAUGGCCAAGUCCCAUGUUUUCUUAAGUGGUAUGGGUGGUCUUGGUUUGGAAAUUGCAAAGAAUCUUGUUCUUGCAGGGAUUAAGGCACUUACCAUUCAUGAUACAGAAGAAUGCCAAGCAUGGGAUCUAGGAACCAACUUCUUUCUCUGUGAAGAUGAUGUUGUUAGUAUGAGAAACAGGGCUGAAGCUGUACUUCAACAUAUUGCAGAAUUAAAUCCAUAUGUUCAUGUCACAUCAUCUUCUAUUCCUUUAAAUGAAACUACCGAUCUUUCCUUCUUAGAUAAAUACCAGUGUGUAGUAUUGACUGAGAUCAAACUAUCAUUGCAGAAGAAGAUCAAUGACUUUUGCCGUUCUCAGUGCCCUCCAAUAAAGUUCAUCAGUGCAGAUAUACAUGGAAUUUGGUCACGGUUGUUUUGUGAUUUCGGUGAUGAAUUUGAAGUUUUAGAUACAACAGGAGAAGAACCAAAAGAGAUUUUCAUUUCAAAUAUAACGCAAGCUAAUCCUGGCAUUGUCACUUGCCUUGAAAAUCGUCCUCACAAACUUGAAACAGGACAAUUCCUAACAUUUCGAGAAAUUAAUGGAAUGACAGGCUUAAAUGGAUCUACACAACAAAUAACUGUGGUAUCACCAUUUUCUUUUAGCAUUGGUGAUACUAGAGAACUGGAACAUUAUUUACAUGGAGGGAUAGCUGUUCAAGUUAAGACUCCUAAAACAUUCUGCUUUGAACCAUUAGAGAAGCAGAUAAAACAUCCAAAGUGCCUUAUUGCGGAUUUUAGCAAACCUGAGGCACCUUUAGAGAUUCACUCAGCCAUGCUUGCCUUGGACCAGUUUCAGGAGAACUAUAGUCGCAAGCCAAAUAUUGGAUGCCAGCAAGAUUCAGAAGAGCUACUGAAACUAGCAACAUCUAUAAGUGAAACCUUGGAAGAGCAGCCUGAAGUAAAUUAUGACAUUGUGCGUUGGCUCUCUUGGACUGCCCAAGGCUUUUUACCCCCACUUGCUGCAGCAGUAGGAGGUGUUGCCAGCCAAGAAGUAUUGAAAGCUGUGACAGGAAAGUUUUCUCCUUUGUGCCAGUGGUUAUAUAUUGAAGCAGCAGAUAUUGUCGAAUCCCUAGGCAAACCUGAACGUGAAGAAUUUCUCCCACGAGGAGAUAGAUAUGAUGCCUUACGAGCCUGCAUUGGAGACACUUUGUGUCGGAAGCUACAAAAUUUGAAUAUCUUUUUAGUAGGAUGUGGAGCCAUAGGCUGUGAAAUGUUAAAAAAUUUUGCUUUGCUAGGUGUUGGCACAGGCAAAGAGAAGGGAAUGGUUACAGUAACAGAUCCUGACUUGAUAGAAAAAUCCAACUUGAAUAGACAGUUCCUAUUUCGUCCUCAUCACAUACAGAAACCUAAAAGCUAUACUGCUGCUGAUGCAACCCUGAAAAUAAAUCCUCAAUUAAAGAUAGAUGCACACUUGAACAAAGUAUGUCCAGCCACUGAGGUGAUUUACAAUGAUGAGUUCUAUACUAAGCAGGAUAUAAUUAUUACAGCAUUAGAUAAUGUGGAAGCCAGGAGAUAUGUAGACAGCCGUUGCUUAGCAAAUCUACGGCCCCUCUUAGAUUCUGGAACAAUGGGCACUAAGGGACACACUGAAGUUAUUGUACCUCAUUUAACUGAAUCCUAUAAUAGUCAUCGGGAUCCCCCAGAAGAGGAAAUACCAUUUUGUACCCUAAAAUCCUUUCCAGCUGCUAUUGAACACACUAUACAAUGGGCAAGAGAUAAGUUUGAAAGUUCCUUUUCCUACAAGCCUUCGUUGUUUAACAAAUUUUGGCAAACCUAUCCAUCUGCAGAAGAAGUCUUAAAGAAGAUACAAACUGGACACAGUUUAGAAGGCUGUUUUCAAGUUAUUAAGUUACUUAGCAAAAGACCUAGAAAUUGGUCCCACUGUGUAGAAUUAGCAAGAUUAAAGUUUGAAAAAUAUUUUAACCAUAAGGCUCUUCAGCUUCUUCACUGUUUCCCUCUGGACACACGAUUAAAAGAUGGCAGUUUGUUUUGGCAGUCACCAAAAAGGCCCCCCUCUCCAUUAAAAUUUGAUCUAAAUGAACCUUUGCACUUCAGUUUCCUUCUGAAUGCUGCAAAAUUAUAUGCUACAGUCUAUUGCAUUCCAUUUACAGAAGAGGACUUAUCAGCAGAUACCCUGUUGAAUAUUCUUUCCGAAGUAAAGAUUCAGGAAUUCAAACCUUCCAACAAGGUUGUUCAAACAGAUGAAACUGCAAGGAAACCAGACCAUGUUCCUGUUAGCAGUGAAGAUGAGAGGAAUGCUGUUUUCCAACUGGAAAAGGCUAUUUCAUCUAGUGAAGCUACCGCAAGUGACCUUCAGAUGGCAGCGCUUUCAUUUGAAAAAGAUGAUGAUCGUAAUGGACACAUAGAUUUCAUCACAGCUGCAUCAAAUCUUCGUGCCAAAAUGUAUAACAUUGAACCAGCUGACCGUUUGAAAACAAAACGCAUAGCAGGUAGAAUUAUACCUGCUAUAGCAACAUCCACUGCUGCAGUUUCUGGCUUGGUUGCAUUGGAGAUGAUCAAAGUAGCUGGUGACUAUCCAUUUGAAGCUUACAAAAAUUGUUUCUUUAACUUAGCCAUUCCAAUUAUAGUGUUUACAGAGACAUCUGAAGUAAGAAAAACUGAAAUCAGAAAUGGAAUAUCAUUUACAAUUUGGGACAGAUGGAUUAUACAUGGAAAAGAAGAGUUCACCCUCUUGGAUUUCAUAAAUGCAGUCAAAGAGAAGUACGGAAUUGAGCCAACAAUGGUGGUACAGGGAGUCAAAAUGCUUUAUGUUCCUGUAAUGCCUGGUCAUGCAAAAAGAUUGAAGUUAACAAUGCAUAAACUUGUGAAACCUUCUACUGAAAAGAAAUAUGUGGAUCUUACUGUGUCAUUUGCUCCAGAUACUGAUGGAGAUGAAGAUUUACCUGGACCUCCAGUAAGAUACUACUUUAGUCAUGACACUGAUUAACAGAAGUUGUCUUAAAUUUAGGACUACUUGAUUUUGGAAAGAAUGCACUUAUUCAGGAGCUUAAAAAGUCAGCUCAUAACGCUAUGGAUUUCUCUUUGAUGAAGCCUUAAUUUAAGGGAAACAUCAGUAAAAAACUACAGUGAAGAAUUGUAAAGCAUUUUGAAGCAUAGUAUACACAUGUGUAGUGCUUCAUAUGUGGAUGUGCUCACAAGCAACUUCAAACUGGAAUGCUGUUUUACAAUGCUUACCAAAAAAUUGUGUAUUAACCUCUUUGGAUGAAAAGAAGGAAAAAAAUAUGUAUCUAAGACCAGAAGAAAUAAAAGAUCAAGAAAUUGAAAAUAACAAAUGCAACUAUCCAACAAGUUUAAUCCCAUUUUAUGAAAUUCUUUUUGUUUAGUAUUUGAGGCCCAUUUUUCUAUACAAACAGUGUUUGGCUCCCUGCACCUCUCAUGAUGAGGCUUUGAAUUUAACACCAAUGGAGGAGGGAUGGUAGCAGUGGAUGAAGAGUAGUUACUCUUAAAACUUUAAAAGUUACAGUUUACUGACAUGUUACCUCUGCUGAUUUAACCAGAGUUUGUUAUAUCACUGUCUCCCCAAAAUCAGGAUCUUUUCUGAUAGCAUCAGUGUUGUAAGUCAUGAGCACAUCAGAUGACAGGUGUUAACUGGGACUAAAUGUUAAUAAUAGCAUAUGGACUCUGACAACCUGCUUAGAGAAUCCAUGAAUGUGAACAGAUAAAUAUGGCUAGUCAUUUGAUUCUUUAGUAUGCCUUCUAGUGUGGCUAUUUUAUUUAUUUGGAACUCUAAACCUGAU